AUGGGCAGGGGCGUCGACCACCCCACCGCCGUGGGCCUUGCCAGCGAGGGCCGCGUCCUGGUCUGGUACGCAGGCCUCGCUCGGACUCACUGGGAGGGCGACGCGGCGAGCAUCGCAACUCCUUCCCAUGCCGCCUGCCCGAGCUACUUGCGCGAGGGCAUCGACCACCCCACCGCCGCGGGCCUCGCUCGGACUUACAAGGCGGGCGCUAUGGCGAGUAGCGCGGCUCCAGCCCAUGCCGCCUCCAUGAUCAGCUUGUGUGAGGGCAUCGACCACCCCACCUCCGUGGGCCUCGCUAGCGAGGGCUGCGUCCUGGCCGCGAAGAUGAUCAGAACGUGCGAGGGCAUCGGCCACCCCACCGCCGUGGGCCUCGCUAGCGAGGGCUGCAUCCUGGUCUGGAUCGCAGGCCCCGCUCGGACUUACUGGGAGGGCGACGCGGCGAGCGUCACAACCACUGCCCAAGCCGCGAAGAGGAUCAUCGUGUGCGAGGGCACCGACCACCUCACCGCCUUGGGCCUCGCUAGCGAGGGCUGCGUCCUG